AUGUCUCGCCCAUAUGAUGGCCAGACUCCAGCAGAGCAGGCAACUUUCGCUCGUGAAGAGCUUAUGCAUCUGGAUGAGGAAUCUAUGAUGGACGACUACAACGACGACGAGACGGAGAAUAACCAAAGUUUUCUCAAUUUGCUCCCGGAAGACGACGAAGCCGGAAACGACGACCCGGCACAGCUCUUUGCCAUUCUUGAAGAUGCCAUCAAUCAAACCGCCAAACAAACAGGCGAUACAGGGCGAGCUUUAACGGCGGUAGAACAACAGCAAAAGCGCGAAAACGCGGAACACACGUGGGACCGCGUGCGGCGCUGGAUGUGGGCGCAUCCGCAAGUGGAACAACGCCAAGCCGCCGCGUUUAUUCGCGGGCAGGCCGACGCCACAGCGUUGCAUCUCAUGUGCAAACUGCAUAAUCCUCCCGACGAUAUUAUCCAAGCCAUCGUCGACUCCGCCGUCGAUGUUGUGUCCUGGACGGACGCGCACGGUUGGUUGCCUUUGCACCAUGCCUGCGCUAACGGAGUGUCUCCGGAAACCAUGAAAGUCCUCGUGGAUGCCUAUCCCGCCGGUAAGCUGCAACAGGACAAUAUGAGGCGAACACCGCUCCACUUUUAUGCCACGCGGAAUUCCGAUAGUACGGUUAUCAUGACAACUAACACCGAACUCCUGGCUGACGAUGGCGCGGCCGAACUCACCGAUCGUGGCGGCAUGUUACCCAUGCAUUACGCGUGUGCGUACGGGACCGACCCGGCCGUACUCGAAGUCUUGGCUCAGGUCUACCCCGCCUCUCUCACGGCCAAAGAAAACAAGGGUCGAACGCCGAUGCAUUUGGCCAUGGUAAAUGCUCACCGCGACGCCAGUCCGAACGUGAUUCAUUUCUUAUUGGAGUACGCUGAAUCCCGAGCGACCGUCAACGUACGCGAUCAAGACGGUUACCUACCCUUGCAUUUGUUGGCUCUCGGUCUCAAAGGAUACACGGCGGAUGAAUCCACCAAACGCAGUAACGUGAGCGCUUGCUUGAGUAUGUACAUGGACGCGGAGCCUCAAGCCGCAGCCGACUUUUUGACGGCGAUUCAGGAUUUGCCGGAUUGGCUUCAAGAUACUGCAGUCGUAUCGAAACACGUGCGGAACGUUUUGAACUACAAAAUUGUUCAGCCCUUUCCCACGUCUAUUCUCAUGUUGGACGGAUACUUUCUGAUUGUCCUGAUUGUAUGUUUUGCGUUCUCGACGAAAUAUUAUAUUGAUUUCCUCUUCGAGCCGGAGAGCAACAAAACAGACAUUGACAUUUACAUUGUGUUCCUUUUCAUUGGAGCGUCGUACUUUUUGAUGCGCGAGCUGGUACAAGUGGCUUCGUUGGUUAGUCUCGGCAGUUUCAGUAGUUGGUGGUCAGACGCCGCCAAUUGGUUGGAUGUUGGUGUAAUUACAAUGGUUUACUACUACGCCAUCUGUAUGAGCAUGGACAGCCCAGUGGAUAGAAAUCUUUUUCGAAGUGGCGCCGCCUUUGGACAAGGAAUUCUGUACGUGGCAGUCAUCGUUUAUCUCAAAAGCACAUACGUCGACUUUGCCGUAUUCGUGGGUGGCGUACUGUACGUCGUACAACGGCUAACGGCAUUUCUGACUGCCGUGGGUGUUAUCUUGUUGGCCUUUGCCCAAAUGUUCUACUUUAUAUAUGUGGAUGGCGAAAUGUGCACCAACAGGCUGCAGCCCGAUGAUCUAAACUACGACGCAGACCUUGACUGUCGCUUUUCUCAUUGCUCCUUUGAAGAAUCCCUUCUGCGAGUGUACAGCAUGAUGAUGGGAGAGAUCGGAGAUGAAAAACGCUAUUCCGCGGGCCCGACGAGUCUAGUGGCACAGAUAUUGUACGUCGGCUACGCCUUUUUGGUUGUCAUUCUGCUGUCGAAUGUUCUUAUUGCCAUUGUCACCGAUAGCUACGAAAUUAUUCAGAACGACCGCGCUGCGAUUGUAUUUUGGACGAAUCGGUUGGAUUUCGUGGCCGAGAUGGAUGCCAUCACGUACGGAGCACAGCGUCGCCUUGGUUGUUUUCGAAAAAAGAAGGCGCCCAUGCAGGUAGAGGAAAUUCCCAAUGCCCCGGGAUUAGUCUCGGAUGACUACAAUGACAGGAAUGGCUCUUCCGACUUCUUUCGAUACGGUUGGCAACAAGUCAUGCUCUUGUUUGACGCAAACCUGUACGAAGAGAUCGAUCCUAUCGAGUCGCUGGUGUACAAUAUUUUUCGAAUCGCUUGUAUUGUUUUCGUUAUACCGUUGUGGUUGAUCAUGGGCGCGGCAACUGCUGGGUGGUUAUGGCCUCCACAAGUACGAGAGGCUCUAUUUUGUCAGAAAGGCACGACCACCUCUCGUUCGGAGAUUGAGCGCAAAAAACUCGAGCAGCUGCGAACUAUUCAAACCGAUCUGACAUCAUUGAAGAGUGAUAUAGUGCGAGAAAUGACUAGCGAUCGCGACGAAAUGAUACGAAUGAAGCUGGAAGUGGAAGGAGUCCAGGCAGAAGUCUUAUCCGAUCUAAUACAAGUUCGAGAGCUUAUCACGUCGCUUCUUGGAACUUAA